AUGUUAGUUUUUAAACUGGUGCAUGGACAUGUGUUUUAUGACGGGUUAGCCAUGGAUGUGCCUGAGGGUAUUGCUCAAGCCUCUGUGAUAUUGAUUCUGGUUAUUGCAAUCAUUAUGGCCAUUCCAUUGCGCGGCAUUAUAUUUGGACAAGGAAAGAAGCCAAGGUCCGAUCGUGUGAUACAGUUUAUUCGAAAAUAUCAUGGAUAUGUCAUGAGUUUUGGCACAGUAGUUAAUUUUCACUAUCAUCCAACACAUGCAAACAAAUCGUGGGUGCUAUUGUUAGAAACUUGGGUUUUUAUCCAUGGAACAUUAACAGCCAUUAUUCAACCUGGCAUUGGAUGGCAAAUCUUCUCGUAUGGCUUCAUGAUUCUGUUCCUGGUGAAUCAGAUAUUUCAAACAAGAGCAAGUGAGAAUAAGGCAUUGAUGGGACUCAUGUAUGUACUAUUUUGUGCAUGGGCUUAUUGGGGAUUGAACAAGGAUAAAGUGUACUAUAGAGCAACGUUUAUUCCUAUUGCCGAAUAUGCAUGUGUCUACGUUGUAUUAUUAAUAGGCAAAGUAACCUGUUCGGUAGUAGACAGAUUGCGAAAUUAUAAGCAAUUGUUUGUUAUGACUGUCUACGUUUGUGUAACUAUUAUGUUAAGUAUUGGACUAGCCAUGAUUCUUGCAGGAAAUCUCCAAGUAUAUAACGAUUAUUAA